AUGGACGGCGGAGGUCUCAAGAAGCUCAUGAUAGUUCUGCAAAAGCUGCCGCUCAUGCUGCGCGUGACGGUGAUGCACCUCCUCGGCCUGUCAGAGCAGUCCCGGCACCUCGAUCUGCGCAGCAACCUGACUGUUUCGGUUUUGCGGUCAUUUAUAGAGCCUCCGGCCGGGGGACGAUCUCUAGAGGCAACGCAGAGGAUGACCCUCAAGGAUCCCGGCGUCAAGGGCAAGAUGUGGGUUAGCACGUACACUGCACCGGCACCCCCAGAGACGAGCGUCCGCGACGUUGUUGUCAAGAUGAUCUGCGACAUGGCUUCCGCGGGCUCUACGGAGCAGCAGCCGGCCUUCACCGUCCCGGAUAUCCGUCCCGUCGAGGCCGAGUGGACGGGACACAGGGCCGGAGCGGCUAAGGAUGAACUCCCCCCCGCGGGCAUGGCGCCUGAGAAGGUCUAUGACGAGAUGAUGAAGGAAUGCACGCAGCCUACGACGGUGAUGUACCUCCACGGCGGGGCUUACUACCUCCUCGAUCCGUCGACGCAUCGCCGGGUCAACAUGGGAUUGGCGAGACGCACGGGUGGGCGGUCAUAUUCGGUGCGGUAUCGUCUGGCGCCGCAAAAACUGUUCCCGGCGGCCCUCUUGGACGCUUUUGUCUCGUACCUCACGCUGCUGUACCCGCCGCCGGAGGCGUACCAUGACCCCGUCAAGCCAGAACACAUUGUCUUGGCUGGUGACAGUGCCGGCGGAGGCCUGUGUUUCGCUCUCCUCCAGCUCCUCCUCGAGCUUCAGCGCAGCAGCACCCCGGUGAUAUGGUACGGCGAAUCGCGCAGCGUGCCGCUCCCCGCCGCGCUCGCCAGCAACUCCCCAUGGCUAGACAUCACGCACAGCUCCCCCCGUUGGCAGGGCGAAGACCCAGCGCCCUACGACUAUCUCGGCAAGCCGGCCGUCUGGGCCAAGGGCAAGAUCAUCCCGUCCCCCAUCUGGCCCGCCAACCCGCCGCGCGAGUACAUCUACGCCGAGGACGGGCUGGGGUUGCACCCGCUCGUGUCGCCCAUCAUGGCACCCAGCUGGAAAGGAGCCCCUCCCGUGUACAUUUGCACGGGGUGGGAGAUGAUCGGUUACGAGGACCGGUGCGCAGCGUCCAGGCUUGACGAGGACGGUGUGCCGGUCGUGUAUGAGGAGUACGAAGCUAUGCCGCACUGCUUUGCCAUGGUACUCCCCGGGGCGGCCGUGUCGGAGCGAUGCAUCGAUAGCUGGGCCGGGUUCAUCGCCAAGGCUGUGGAGGAGCCGGGAUCGAUCAUGUCAAAGGGUAUCGUGAUCAAGGCGCCCUCACUGGAUGAGGUGGCCCUUGAGUUGGAGGAUCUCAAGGAGCCUAAGGAUGACGAGAUUUGGCGGCGGGCGUCGUCUAAGUCGACUACCUCGAGGCUAUGA